UUUUGCUGAGCAGACUCAGAAGGCGGAAAACAAAGGUAUGAUUAAUUUUGUUGUGCUUUUGAUCUUUAAUUUCUUUAACUGGCAACAAGAAAUCACUUAUAAAUGGUGGACCAAGUUAAGGUUUGUGAGAUGGGUCGAGGGAAGAUCGAGAUCAAGAGGAUUCAGAACACCACCACCAGACAGGUGACCUUCUCAAAACGCAGAGCUGGACUUGUGAAGAAGACUCAUGAGCUUUCUGUUCUCUGUGACGCCCAAAUUGGCCUCAUCAUCUUCUCUAGCACCGGCAAGAUGUUUCAGUACUGCAGCGAACCUUUCAGGAUGGAGCAGGUCAUUGAAAGAUACCAGAAAGCUACAGGAGUACGCAUACCGGAACAUGAUAAUCGGGAAGAUUUAUUCAGCGAAAUGGCAAUGCUGAGGCAGGAGACUCUGCGUCUGGAGCUGGGAAUUCAGAGGUAUAUCGGAGACAGCAUGGGCAGUUUACAGUACGAGGAACUGACUAAACUGGAACAAGAGCUGGAGAUAUCUGUCACCAAGGUCCGAAAUCGCAAGAAUGAUCUGUUGCAACAGCAGGUGGAUAAUCUGCGAAGAAAGGAAAGAAUGAUGGAAGAAGAGAACAGUUAUCUGUCGCAGUGGCAGAAUGAAAGCGGAGGACAGCAGAUGGUGGAGCAGCUGGCAUUUUACAACGAGGCUCCUCUUCUCCAUCCCUAUCUCCAGCUCGCCCAGCCCUCCACCAUUCACCACCCUUGACCGCGUCUUUCUUUUCUAUUUUAAUUCAUAUAUAUACUCUUCUGCUUUUAUUUCCCGCUACUCCUUCUCAUGCAAGACUUUUUCAUUUUCUUAAUGUAUACUAUAUGCAUGCC